AUUUUGCGUGGAUGUGUACAGCACGCAAAAGAAGGGAUCAGAAAAAACGCAAGUCUUAGGAAUGGAGCUCUGCAAGGAAGGGGAAGGGGGAGAGGAGGGAAGAGAUGAGUGAGGAUGCGAGGAGCAGGCCGUGAGAUGAGACUGAGGGCCGCCGUCGUGUCGCCCUGCUGUUCCUCCCCCUCUUCUCCCCAUGUCGUCAUGGCUAGCUGCAAGAAAUCCCAACCCAAGAGUAACAACCAUAAGAACCCUGAUCAAGCUCCUCCAAGGAUCACAUCCAAUGUAAAGCAAAACUUACAAAUUUUAAGGUUAUGGAAGGAUCUUCAAAGUCAUAAAUCAAGUACCCCUAGGCCGGCCACUAGCUAUCGGAAAAAGAAGGUUGUUAAAGAAGAGCUUCCACAAGACACAGAGCUAUAUAAAGACCCAACUACAAACCUAUACUAUACAAACCAGGGCUUGGACACUUCUGUUCCGGUUCUUCUUGUGGAUGGAUACAAUGUAUGUGGCUAUUGGGCAAAGCUGAAGAAACAUUUCAUGAAGGGAAGACUAGAUAUUGCUCGCCAAAAGCUGAUUGAUGAGCUGAUAGCUUUUAGUGUAAUAAAAGAAGUAAAGGUUGUCGUGGUGUUUGAUGCAAUGACGUCUGGACUUCCAACUCAUAAGGAAAGUUUUGCAGGGAUUGAUGUAAUAUUCUCAAGUGACACAUGCGCUGAUGCUUGGAUUGAAAAGGAGGUUGUUGCUUUGAAGGUUGAUGGCUGCCCAAAAGUCUGGGUUGUGACAUCUGAUGUAUGCCAACAGCAAGCAGCUCAUGGGGCAGGUGCUUUUGUUUGGAGCUGCAAAGCAUUGGUGUCAGAGAUAAAGGCUUCACAAAGGGAGUUCGAGCAAAUACUGAAUGAACAUAGGUCAACAUCUGUUCAAGGGAAAUUGCUUCAACACAACCUAGGCCCAGAAAUAGUUGAUGCUCUAAAAGAUCUUAAGAGAAAGCUGUCCGAGAACGAGUCAACAUGACUGACUUUUGCUUUUUGGGAUGACAAUUCAUUGACACCACUGAAGCUAUAGCCUGAGAAUUGCAUUCACAAAUGUGAAUUGGUCAUGCAAUCCACAUAAUGAGAAGCGAAUCUCGUAUCUCCUCUUCGAUUCAUAAGCCACCUUUGGCAGUCUGCCUCAUUUGUAGCUUUCAAUCAGCCCAUGUGUAUUCAGUCAUUGUUUCUCUCAUUGCAAUUUCUCUGAUGGGUCAUAUUGUUAUGUUAAGGACAGUGCUGCAUCCUGGAGGUUCUAGAAAUCUCUUUCAAAUUACUUCCUCCUGAACUUUCAAUAUCAUUCUUCAGCACAGCGAGGGUGUUCCUGGAUAUUGUGUUUUGCAAAUCCAUUCUCUGUAACACUUAUGAUCUAUCUUAAGAGUUCAACAUACAAUUAAACUUA